UUACAAUGGGGUGUUAACUAAGUUUAUCAAGAAGCGAAACGGGCUUAACCGUAGCGACCGAAAAUAAGAUUACAAUAGCACCAUUAAGGGUCCCUGCUGGUUCAAGCACAGCCUUUAACACGGCAGACAAUCACCUGAGUAGAAUUUAACUCAAGCUAUCCCGCGAGAAGACAGAUUACCUAGUCGGACCGCAAUAAUCGCUCAUUGCCUUGCGUUACGCUCCUGCCUGAUGUAGCUAUUAUUUACAAGGCAGGGGUUGGGAGGUCAAAUGAGAUACAUAUUUCUUUCUGGGCCAAUAGGAUUAGACCACUAGUUGGCCACGAGCGUAGGGUACUAUAGAGAGACGUGGUGAGGCAGGUACCAUUCAGAAAUAUCAGCGUGCAGGCUUAGCGUGUUCGGAUACAUAAACGUGUUGGGAAUAUCAACAUAGCGUAUAUAUACACACAAGCUAUGCCUACCACUGAAAUGUACAUUCGUGUCAUUCGCGAGGGUUGUCAGUUUCAACGACGGGCUCAUGAAAAACAUGUUGAUUUCAACUGAACGUGCGUUUACUGAGGAAGGAAUUCAUGCAUCACCUUUAGGAAAAACGAGGAUUGUAGUAACGUGGGUUUUAAUGCCUGGACUCCAUUGUCACGAGUGACAGUGAUAUGUGUUUAUUUUAGCUCUACGAGUUGGAUGAAAAGGUGUGUUUUGGGCCGUAUACAUGACUGUAUAGAUGAAUGUGGAUAGUGAACAUGGACCUGGUUUCAAUACGAUCGUGAGGUGAAUACGCUGAAGUGUUUGUGAACAUCGAUAUAAACUCUCAUGCUUAAAUGUGACUGAUGACAAAAAAUGGAUACAUCGCUGAGAUGUAUACAUUAUUGUAAGUGUAUACAUUGACGUAAACUGUAUACAUGACUGAGCUGUAUUGACUGAUACAUAGUAGGGAUAAAAUGGAACUUCGAGGACUACGGGCGUCGUCUAGAUGUGAAGGGCAACACAGAACACAAAAAUGCAUUUUGAACAUUGAAGCCCCGCGUCACAGAUGUGAUAAAUUCAAGAAAAUUCUGCAACCAAUUCUACGGAGGUUCGAUCCGUCCAACGUCUGUGUUCACAUCAAUGAAGAUCAAACACUCAGUAAACUACCUCCUGGAAUGCAAUUCCAACAUGGCGGCAAUAUUCCUCGUUACCAAGACAACAAAGCUUUACUCUCCACCCCAGCGCUUGCUGUGAUGCUGUUUCUUCAAGAACGUGGUACAACGCCCGUUCAGGACGUACAGAAGUGCUUCAAAAAGCCCCCGUGGAGAGUACAUCAUAAAAUUGAACUUCAGAGUAAACGAACUCCGUCGGUCAAGGUCGCCCAACAGGAGUUUUACUCGCUGUCUCGAGAGUAUCCUCUCUGGUCAGUGUGUCCGGUUUAUUCCGGUUUUGAACAUCUCCGUUUAAACUUAUUCGUGAACAAUUUUUCGGAUAUGGUGGAGUUUUACCGCCUUGUUACAGACUCCGAGAUGGAGAGCACUAAACCUGACUUCUGUUUGUUCCCGGUGUCAAGUGAUGGCGAUUUUCAAGUGAUGUUGUGUCUCAAACGGUGCAGGCACCUCAAACCGUUUCCGCUUUCCCGUGCUAACAUCAGCUUCAAGAUUCGGAAUAUUGCGGACUUACAGAGUGUACUCCGGACGGAUUUGCGUGAGAUUGGUAAAAAUACGUACAUUACCACAGAUCCUGACGGAAAUCGUUUGAUUUUAGAAGAUGUCAAUCAUAUUUCCUCCAGCUCGGGAUAUCACAAAGAUAAAACGUCACAUGUUGCUGACGUCAUUUGUGACGUCACAAGUCUAAAGAGUGUGUGUGGGAGCCAUGACUCGGGCAGGUAUUCUGACAGCGACCAAUGUUCAUGUGAACUGGAAGUUAAGGAAUCGAAAAAGGUUCACUUCAGUGAAAAUACAAAUGAAAGAACUUUUGUAUAUAACACAGACCCUAUUGUGGACCGAAAGGAAAAAGCUGUGAAAUAUAUGAGCACUGCCAGAGAUAUGGAUUUAAGUUUUGAGGAUUAUUAUGACGAAACAUCUCCCAAAUGCUACCCCGGAAUGGUCAUUGCGCAUGCGCGGAUGAUUGUAAACCGAAACGAAAUUCAACAUGGCGUCAAAGAAAAAUCUAGAAAUAAGACCGAUGAUCAUGUUUGGCCAUCGUGUAAUGGCCAAGGCAGAUAUUCUGGCCACGGCAAAUACAGUGGUCAGAGUGUUCAGUCGUCCGCAAGGGUUCCCAUUGUGACUGUUACAGAUUGUUCAGGGAAUGUUCAUAACUGUAUCGAGAGAGUAAUUCACCCAAACACAACCCACGCCGAAUCAAACAGUCACGUAGAACCCAUAUAUGAGAACAUCCCUUUCGGAUUUUCAGACUCAAAAGACCAAAGUUGUGACGUCGUUAUGUGUAUUCCUAAGGAUUCUGUGUCGGAAAGAGAUUCAUUCGUUAUAAGUGAUUCAGAGAACUACCCAAGUGACGUUCAGACGCAAAACCUCCCCAUCGUGUCGGGAGGGAAGGAUGAAGGCAGGGAGGGCACCCUCGAUCGUGAGGGUGGGGCUUUAACAAGCGUUUCCAGUGGGUUGGAAAACGUGAAGGAUGAGGCGCGUUUUGUGAAGAAUCUCAGAGAGGACGUGAUAAAGAAACGACAUGUUGAGCCGGUGUAUAUUUGACAAUAACGCCAUUGUUGACGAAAUCGCUGCAUUCACUCGCGGUGGUAGAACUUCGCCUCGCUAUGAAUGGGUCUGGGAACUCGAUCCCAAGAGAAGGAUUAAGCUGGGAAAAUUGUUACUUGUGUUGAGGGUAAUGUACUCCCUUAGCCUUAAUACAUUUCAAAUCUCG